UUUAUAUCAAUGUUGAUUCAUCUAAUUUAUGUAGUAUUAAACGUACUCAUAUUGUUCAAUGACUUCUGUGAUGUAAGUUUGCAAAAUCAAAUUUUCAAUUUACUCCUUUUGGUCACAAUAGGUGUUUAGGUAUACAAGUAUGCCUUAUAAUGGAUUUUAUAAGAUAAAGAAAAAGUAAAAUCAAUAUUAUAGUGGAAUAGGCAGAAUCUGUGUUUAUGAAAAAUGUGUAAAAAUUGACUUCAUUCAGCAAACUACCUGAGACUUUGUUAAGAUAAUAUAUUAUGCCAUAAUUAAUUGAUGCAAUAACCUUAAAGAAUAUAGUAAAAAAUUCAUAAAUAUUUAGUAACACACUGUGGCUUUCUUUAUAGCUUUAAAUUUAGGAAUAUCCUAUUUGUCAUUGUUCCUAACAAAUAAGGCAGUAAGAAGUAUUUCAUUACAUCUAAUGUAUGGGGUAUAUUAUCAUUAUAAUAAAAAUUAAUAACCAUAUCAAUUUUGGAUGUAAAGAGUUAAAAAAAUCAUUUCAGAGAAGUUUGAUGCUUUAACAAGCAAGAUUUAAAAGUAAAAAGUAUGA